UGCUGCUGCUGCUGCUGGCGUGGGGAAGAGGGUGAGGGUGUCGAGAUGGAUUCGGAUCAGGGGAAGCUGUUCAUCGGGGGGAUUUCGUGGGAGACCAACGAGGACAGGCUCAAGGACUACUUCGGCCAGUACGGCGACGUCCUCCAGGCCGUCGUCAUGCGGGACAAGGUCACUGGCCGCCCCCGCGGCUUCGGCUUCGUCGUCUUCGCGGAUCCCGCGGUCCUCGACAGGGUCCUCCAGGACAAGCACACCAUCGACGGCAGGACGGUUGAGGCUAAGAGGGCUUUGUCAAGAGAGGAGCAGCAAACAAAUGCAAGAUCUGGAAACCAAAAUCCUGAUAGAGGCAGUGGAGCUGGUGGAAAUAUAAGAACAAAGAAGAUUUUUGUGGGAGGUUUGCCUCCCACUUUGACUGAAGAUGGCUUUCGUCAGUAUUUUGAGGCUUAUGGUCAUGUAACUGACGUAGUAAUCAUGUAUGAUCAGAAUACUCAGCGACCCCGGGGUUUUGGGUUUAUAUCUUUUGACACAGAAGAGGCUGUAGAUAGGGUUUUGCACAAGACAUUCCAUGAUUUGAGUGGGAAGCAAGUGGAAGUAAAGCGGGCACUUCCAAAAGAUGCUAAUCCUGGUGGAGGUGGCCGUAGUAUGGGCGGUGGAGGUGGUGGUGGUUACCAAGGUUAUGGUGGUUCUAGUGGUAAUUCAGGCAGUGCAUAUGAUGGUCGAAUGGAUUCAAAUAGGUAUAUGCAGCCACAGAAUGCUGGAGGUAGUUUUCCGCCCUAUGGUUCUUCUGGAUACAGUGCACCUGGCUAUGGUUAUGGUCCUGCCAAUAAUGGCAUGGGUUAUGGUGGUUAUGGAAGUUAUGCUGGCAGCACUGGAUAUGGUGGUCCUGCUGGUGCAGCUUAUGGUAACAUACCCACUUCUGGUUAUGGAGGUGGUCCUCAGGGUGGGCCUAGAAGCUCAUGGGGCUCACAAGCUCCCGCUGGAUAUGGAGCUAUGGGGUAUGGUGGUGCUGCUCCAUGGGGUGCUGCAGGGGCUGGUGGUGGUUCGACUGGUGGUGGUCCUGGUUCAGCGCCUACUGGUCAUUCUCCUAGUGGUGGAGCUGGAUAUGGCAAUCAAGGUUAUGGGUAUGCUGGAUAUGGUGGAAGUGAUGGAUCUUAUGGAAAUCAGGGCGGGUAUGGUGCUGUUGGAGGGCGCUCUGGAAGUACUCCAAACAGUGGUUCUGGUGGAGAAAUGCAGGCAAGCGCUGGUAGCUACAUGGGAAGUGGUUAUGGUGAUGCAGGGUAUGGCAAUGCAGGAUGGAGAUCGGACCCAUCACAAACUUCUGGAAAUUAUGGUUCUCAGUCGAACGGUCCUCAUGGUGGGCAGGUUGGUUAUGGUGGUGGUUAUGGUGGUGGACAGACCCGCCAAGCUCAGCAGCAAUGAUUUGUUGUUGACCUCAGUUCUGAGUGCAUCCUCAUGAAGCAUUGCUCAAGUUGGAUGUCGAUACUUUGGGACUGGUUGGAUUGCUUAAAUCCCUGUUUUCAGUAUCUGUUUUGGUAGUCAGUAAUAAGUAGUACAUUUCGAGGCAUACUAGAUGCCCUCUUAUUAAGCAUUUUGCUGAGUGUAGCUUUUAAAUUGGCGUGCUUAUAUUUGUCUACUUGAUGAUCUGGGAUCUAUUUAUCAUCUAGUGUUUCAGCUAUAGUGUUGUUAUUGCCGCUA